AUGGAUGAUCACAACCUGGAAGAGAUUGCCCGACAGCUCUCUGAUCUGGAAGUGGCGCUGUUUCUGUGCCUAGCGAGUCGCGAGCAUUGCCUGAUUGAGACCACGGGGAAUUGUCUCAACGAUCUUGCAAAAGAGUUGGUUUUAAUAGCUUCCAACACAUUUGAACUGUCAUCCUGCAUUGUUGACUGUACCCCCACAACCUCCAUUGGGGAGCUUCACGAUGAUAUUCUCACCUCAGAGGCGCGCAGGAAUCAAGAGAGACCAUCAUACUUUCGAAUGAAAACAGAAUCGUCCAGUAAUCUCUCGUCAUAUAUGGGCCGUCGGGAUCGAAGCAAAUCCCCGAUCCCAAAUACUCCCUUGGAUGAAACAAAUGUGGUCAAUGUGGUCAUCGCAAAAAACUUCAAUGUGGUGGAGGAUGAUGUUCAGGUUCAGGCAUUGCAGUUGAUGCGGACAAGGAAGUUAGUCACCGAGAUGGGAACUCUCAGUGCACCAGAAAGCUUCCUCUUCAUACCACUGGUAGUCCGAGAAUCUGAUCAGCUCAAACCUGCUCUACAGACACAUCUCGCCGAACAUCUCUUGGUAUCACAUUUCCAUGCCCCUGAAGAUGGAUUUGUGUUUCUGGAAGAAAGUGAAUGGUUUUCAGACGGCCAACUCUCUGCGUCUUCUGUUGUUCACAAUACCAAAUUGGCCAAAAGGAAAUGUGCCAAAAUCGAUACUACACAAAUCGAGUGUCUCCGAGACGCGAGUGAAUCGAUAACCACAAGCGCGGAGGUAGUUCGAUAUAUCCAGGAUAUCGUUGUCUUUCUGCGUCUCAGCCGUGCUGUUGCCGGCGGCGUCUCUGCGAAAGCAAAUAAUCAAUUUGCUCGGUUCGCACAAUUUCUGGCUCCAGUCCACGGUAUUGAUUACCUUACGCCAUCAAUUGUGGCACUGGCCGCGAGAAAGGUCUUCCGCCACCGAAUCAUUGUUGCAAACCCAGAUGACGACCGCAGUCUCCAAUACGGAAGUGAUCUGGGGGCGGUCUCUCAUGUCCUGAUGGAUGUGACUCCAGACUCCAUCUUGGAUGGCGUCCUGGCCUUAGAGCCGCCGAUAUGA